CAGAAAACAGACUGUGGCAUUUGCGCAUGCUCAUAAGAAGUGUAUCGACUCUGGAAGGAACGCAUGAUUUAGAGGUGGAUUUGUGAUUCUUUGGUGUUAGUUCUGACAGCGACACGCAGUUGCAGCUGUUUUGACACCAGAGCCAGGAACCAGUAGCAGCCAACCCCACCCCCACCAUGUUCCUCACCCUGGCCCUGCUGAGGAAGGGCAUCCCGGGCAAGCAGUGGAUCGGCAAGUACCGGCGGCCCCGCCCCAUCACCUGGCAGAUGAAGCGCAACACGCUGAAGCACCUGGAGCGCGAGGCGGAGAACGAGUACUGGCUGAGCCGGCCCUUCAUGAGCCUGGAGCAGGAGAGGGGCCACGCGGCCGAGCGACGCCAGCAGACCUUCCAGUCCAUCCAGCAGGCUCGCUUCAUCGGCAGGUUCCCCCGCCAGAAGACCCUGGAGGAACACCUGGGACACCUCAACACCACCAAGACCUGGUCCAGCUAGAGACCCAGUGGGGCACCCUGGGGAAGGGUAUGGUGGUUUCCCCUUGGACAGCAGAGUGGAGUGUGGAUACUGUGGAGACCACUGUGCCCAGGACUGGUGGACUGUUGAUGGGGUGGGAUGGAGGAGGGAAGGGAGAGGCGAAGAUGGUGCCUUCCCAUGGGUCCUUUCCAUUAUCCUAACUCCUGUCCUUGCUUGUGCUUGUGGCCUCGUAAUGACGUUGUAAGAUGUAAGAGGUGCAAUUGAAAAGUCAUUUUCUCAGCUGCAAACGGGAUGUUGAAUGAGGAAAGGUCCUCCAGAAGUUGUUGUGGCGAGGCUGACAGCAGGGAAACUUAAUAGUUUUGUCCAUGGAGACGGGGCAUUAGCGAUGCAUGUGGCCACAAGUACAGGCCGAGGACGGGAGUUACAAUAAUGGAGUGCACCCUUGGAGGGUGGCGAUGGUAGGGGUGGGGGGAUGGGGGUGUUAUAUGUAUUUAAUGUAGAUGGAAGAACAAGGGUUGGAAAUUAUGUGAAUUGUGUCAUCAUUAUGCAAUGUGUUUAUGUUUAAAUAUAAAAGAACAAAACCUAUUUCUGAAAUAGUGUUUUAUUUGUGCAAUGUAUAAGACUUUUCCUGCCCGUCUCAACUUGCCAUCAGAGAAGUAACAAUACCCAUAAUCCUAGGUCUUGUU